ACACUAAGAAGAAACAGAACAUGCCCUGACUCAGGUUUCAGAGUGGAAAAGAGAAGAAACAAAAAGAGACUGGAUGGGCGCCUUUCUGUGGCGACACUGAACUUUUUUUAUGGAGCCAGUCAGACUGGAGAAUGAAGAUCUGUGCAAGGUUAACAGUUUUCCUGACUAGUGUUUUCUUCAGAGAUGUUUGCACUGCCAUUAAUGCCACAGUCACACCAUCUCCAUUCCUGGUGGCGGUUGAGGGUGAGAACGUCACACUAUCAUGUCAAGUGAACCAGUGGCACAAAUCAGACACUGCUCUUGUGCUACGCUGGAUUUUCCAUCCUGUGUCUGGAGGAGAUGAGCAGCUCCUUGCCAAAGUCAAUAUGAGAAGGGCCAAAUUCUAUGGAAACUACACCAAGAGCUUCCCCAAACCCAAGAUUAAGUUAAUAGUUGUGAAGCAGGGCAAGAUCUACAACCUCUUGAUCAUCAACAUUACCAGAGGUGACAGAGGCUUGUACAGCUGCAGGGUACAGGAGUUUAAGAAGCACCGUGAGAGAUGGAAAUCAUCUGCCAACUCCACAGCAGCUACAGAACUUAAAGUGCACUUCCUUCCAUCCUCCAAUGCCAUGGGCGGGCUUUGGAGCUUGUUUGAAGAUUUGUAUCUGUGUGCAGUGCUGAUUUGUUGUGUGGGGCUCUUGUGCAUGUUUAUGUUUACCAUGGCUGUAGGCUGCCAGUAUCUGCUGAAGAAGAGGCAUUUAAAAGAAAAUUACCACUUGGUGAAAAGUCCCCAAAACAGCUCUGGAGAAACAGUCACGAGUGUAGUUAGCCUUUCGCCAGCUCUUCCCAAGAAGCAAAAGAAUUACAAGACAAAAAAAAAAGUAGAACAGGUGGAGGAGCCACCAGAAAUCCCAGCUAAAGCACCCAUUUCUGACAGACUGAGAAAGCCUAAACUUUUAAAACCUCAACCAAGAAAGAUAAUUCUGCCAAAGAUUGCAGAGGAGAGUUUAACUUAUGCAGAACUUGAACUGGUUAAACCUGUCCCUGAUGCCAAAACUUCGAAGACAGGAACAGUAUAUGCCCAAAUCCUUUUUGAAGACCAAAUGGUGUAAUAAAAUCAUUUUACUUUUUGAUUGAUUAUUUAUAAUGCUUAAUGUUAUUGACAAUGUCUGGCAAAUAUUUGCUACCAGAUAUGUAACAGUGUUUACUUAAUUCUUUGUACAUAUUGUGUUGUAUUGAAAAAAUUCUAAACACUCUGCAUAUAGACUGCUAUACAAGACACCGGGCCAGCUGAUGACACACCUAGAGCUAAAGAACAUUCCAUCUGUGUUUUGACUGACACAUCUUAUAGCUGUAUAAACAGCCAUUUUUAUUCAUCGCCUCCCCUGUAACUACUCCUGUUAUCAGAGGAUCCCCUUUUCAUCUGCCUGCCAAGUUCAACCCCCAUGCACUAAUUAGUGAUCCAUGGUAGACCUUGAUUGCUACUUGGAGCUGGAGAACCAGACAUAAGGAAAAUACUUUUACGUUUGCCUUAAUCACUGUAUGCUACGUUAUGUUUAUCUCUUUACUGCAUGUUAAAUUAAUAAUCAACAUACUGACUAAAAUGAUAAUGAUCACUUUCAGAUCUCCAUUCAACAUGAAUCUACUAUAUUGUGUAAUAAAACCUGUAUAUAGAAUGUGCACAGUGCGCAGAAGUCGCCAAAGUUCUGCAGAGUCAAUAGCUACAGACCUCCAAACUUCGUGUGGCCUUCAGAUUAGCUCAACAACAGUGCAUAGAGAGCUUCAUGGAAUGAAUUUUCAUGGCCGAUUAGCAGCAUCCAAACCUUACAUCACCAAGUGCAAUGCAAAGCAUCGGAUGCAGUUGUGUAAAGCACACAGUCACUGGACUCUAGAGUAGUGGAGAUGUGUUAUCUGGAGUGACCAGGCACACUUCUCUGUCUGGCAAGCCAAUGGACGAGUCUGGAUUUAACAGUUACCAGGAGAACGUUACUUGCCUGACUACAUUGUGCCAAGUGUUAUGUUUGGUGGAGGGGGGAUUAUGGUGUGGGGUUGUUUGUUUGUUGUUUCAGGGGUUGUGCUUGGUCCCUUAGUUCCAGUGAAAAAAAAUCUUAAUGCUUCAGCAUACCAAGACAUUUUGGACAAUUUCAUGCUACCAGCUUUGUGGGAACAGUUUGGGAAUGACCCAUUCCUGUUCCAACAUGAACUGCCCACCAGUGCACAAAGCAAGGUCAAUAAAGACAUAGAUGAACAAGUUUGGGGUGGAGGAACUUGACUGGCCUGCACAGAGUCCUGACCUCAACCCCAUACAAUACCUUUGUGAUGAAUUAGAGUGGAGACUGUGAGCCAGGCCUUCUUGUCCAUCAUCAGUGCCUGACCUCACAAAUGCACUUCUAGAGGAAUGGUCAAAAAUUCCCAUAAACACACUCCUAAACCUUGUGGAAAGCCUUCCCAGAAGAGUUGAAGCUGUUAUGGCUGCAAAGGGCAGGCCUAGGCUAACCCUAGGCAGGCCAACUCCAUAUUAAACCCUACAAAUUAAGAAUGGGAUGUCAUUAAAAUUGAGGUGCAUGUAAAGGCAGAUGUCCCAAUAGAGUGUACAUAUGUACAGUAUAUAUACAUGUGUGUGUGUGUGUGUUCUGUGUAACCUAUGACAAUUUAAAACAGUACCCUUUCCAAAAAGAAGAAAAACUGCCACCAGGGUACAAAAGGUAUAGACUUGAUGGUAUCACCCCAGCAAAAGGGAACUGUAUUAUUUAGUAACCUUCCUUCUCGUAAAAUAUUGUAGCAUAGUACUGUAAUACAACUUGAUGAUUUUGAUGAGUGUAUAUAGAAGAGAUUUGGCCUAUUGCACAGCAUUAAUAAAAAAAAAAAUAAAACUAAUCACACACAAUAUACCAGAACAUAAAUAAAUACCCUUGUCAAAAAUCCAUCUGGAAUUCCAGUUGUUCUGUAGGAUCUUAUUUGAUUUUUAGAAUAUCAUUAUAACUCUACUUGUAUUUCAUUAAAAGCAAUGUCCUGUUGUUAGAAUGUUAUUGGAAAUUACAGAGAGUGCUUUGGGAUUUUUUUAAUACUGAAAGAUUUUAUUUUAAAUUACAGUAUCCUUUUACUGUUAUAUGCUAUUCUGUAGAAACCUUAACCUGUAUUGGUCAUUAAUGAUUAGUAAUUCAUUGAACACAAAGUUAAUUUCUUUUAUUUAAAGCUUAAAUAUUAUGUUUUUUCCAGGUAAUGACAACAACUUAAUUUACAUCAAUUCAGAAAUAGUCUUAAAAAUAUCAAAUUCCAAUAUAGACCUGAAUGGGAACCCAAAUCCUUUAAAUAUAAUAGAAAUUAAAAUUAGAAUCCUGUACUUCUGAAAUCCUUUAAGUUUUUUAAAAUAUUUCUUCAUUAUAGAUAACAAAUGUUAUUUAAAAACCAUUAGGGUUGACAGAGGGAAUUGGACAGUAUAUUUUUUAUUCUGUUGGACUUAACUGGAAAAAGCUUCAUGUUUCAAACAAGCAGAAAACAACAUGGAAACCCUCAUGUUGCACAGAAUUAUGGGAUGUCGAUGAUUAACCCCUUGCAUACUUACAUUAUAAGAAAUCCUCAUCUGGGAAAGUCAUUUAACUGUGAAAACUCAAAAGCUCCUCCAAACCACACUGAGUGUAAUGGGAGCACACUGUGUUCUCCGCUAAUAAGUUCCAGCUGUGAAUUCAGCUCCCUCCUCAAGGCCAUCCUCGCCUCACACAAGCAGAACAUCCAUUUCUUCUUUCCAGCCUUACACUUAUUUAAACAUACUGCAAAAGCUUUAUUAAAGAAGAACAAGAAGAAGAAGAAGAAGAAGAAGAAGAAGAAGAAGAAGAAGAAGGAGAGAUUUUGUGUUUAGAUUAUUGUGUUGACAUGGUAAAUAGGUUUACUUGAUUAAUGUCUACCUUAUAUAUGUAUUGUUUCUUAUUUGUUUUUUUAUAAAGUAAAAAUGCUGA